AUGCAGGAAAUCUUUUCCAACCUCGAGACCGGUAAUUACGAUGCCUUCUUCACCCACGUCGCCGACGACGUGCAUUGGACUGUGACUGGCACCCACCCCACAUCGGGUGUCUUUGAAAACAAGUCCGAUCUCCAAAAAGGUCCAUUGUCAAGAAUAGGUAGAUGCAUGGAUUCCGAUGGUCUCGUGCUGAAGGUCAUCAACAUUGCUGGGGGAGGAACACAGCCGUGGGCUGUUGCCGAGCCUGAGAGUAACGGGCAUACUAGGAAUGGCACCAGGUUCGAUAACAAAUAUGCCUGGGUCUUCCGGUGGAAUCAAGAGGGGGUGAUCGAAGAGUUGAGGGCCUAUAUGGAUUCGGCUCUUGUGGAACGGACGAUUAUAGAAAAUGAGGGCUGUGGGAAUGACUUGUGA